AUGGUCAAUAUCAGGUUAACCGAAAUCUUAGAAAUACCUCUGUCAGGGAACCCUCUAGCGGCUUGCCUUAAUAACUUCAGUCUGCCAACAGACAUGAAGAUUAAAUACUGUGUACAAAAUACUACAAAAUUGACCAAAGAGCUCAGUUCCUUAACCAGGAUUUCUGAUGAAGCAAUCACUGUUGUCAUGGAGUUCAGUAUCUCACAGCCAAAGGUACUCAUACAGCAAGGGAAGAGGGACUUUCAGUCAGGGGCAUUGGGAUGCAUAGUGGAGUUUCUCUUCAGAGUCCUCACAACUGCUUUAGCUGGAAGGUGUGAUGUGGAAAUGUUUAUCCCAUUGCUGACGUUUGCUGUCAUCAAGGAGCUCUGCUCGUUGCCACCACAUGAAUUGUAUACCUUGACUGUACUCCUUCUGAAAAACCUGAAUCUUCGCAACAUCAUUUAUAAGAUCAAAAUUCCAUUGGAAGUUUACAGCUUACUUAACACACUGUUGGAUGUCAUAUCCAGUAUUAGCUCCCUCCUAAAUAAAGCUCAACAUGUCUUUGAAAACCUUCCAGCAUUCCUUCAGACAUUCAGAAGUGCAUCACUCCUUCACAUCGCUUCUUUUCAGUCGGCCGUAGGUCCUGCUAAUCACACAUUUAAUUUUGUGGAGAAACUAAAGUUAUAUUCUGAGGCUUGGCUUCAGAUGACAGAAUUUGUUCAGAGUAGUAAAAGCUUCCUUAUGGUCAGCCAGCUACAGGAUGCAAUUCAAAAUGCUUUUAUAAAGAACUUGGUAGAGAACCAGUUGCAUGUGGAUGUGGAAGAGCUAGUCAAGAAACUGAGAGUAUAUGAGACCAUGAUAGAGAAAAUGCUUAACAACUCAGCAACUGAGCACAUUAACCAAAUGGCAUGGCUCAUGAUUAACAUGUCCUCCUGUCUUUUAUUGGAUUGUUUCCAGCCUGUUGACUCUGUGGAGGAAUUGGAGGCAAAGCAACAAAAUAACUUCUUGGCUAGUGUCAUUUUUAAUGCCUCAAGCCCCAAGAGAGGUGGAGCAGAUCCUGACCAUGAACUCCCUAAGCAGCUGUCAUACACCAUUCGAAUGAGUGUCCUGUACAGUAUGAGAACAGACCUCAUCCAGAACCCAGUGUGGAAAUCUCACCCCCAAAACUUGCCAGCUGACGGGUUCAGGUAUAACCACAUCUUCAUUCCCCUGCAAGACAUGAUAGGCAUCAUUUCGGUGCACACUGGAGUGAAUGCUCUGGAUGCAGGAAUACAAGUUCAAGCUAUGCCAUAUCCAUGCCACACCAGCGAUCUAUUCCUGAACAGUAUCAGUUUCUUCUUGCCACUUAUAAUGAUGCUAACGUGGAUGGUGUCCGUGGCUAGCAUGGUCCGAAAGCUUGUUUAUGAGAAAGAAAUUCAUCUUCAGGAGUAUAUGAAGACCAUGGGGGUGCACCCAGGUGUUCAUUUUGUAGCUUGGUUUCUGGAGAACCUUGUUGUACUUUCCAUAAGCAGCUGCUCCCUGAUGGUCAUCUUGCAAGUGAGCAGCAUUUUUGCCCAUAGCAGCGGCUUCCUUGUCUUCCUCUUCUUUCUGGACUUUGGCAUUUCGGUUAGCAUGCUGAGCUACCUGCUCAGUGCAUUUUUCAGCACUUCCAACACUGCUGCUCUCUGUGCUAGCUUGGUGUAUCUGAUUAGUUUUUUGCCCUACACCAUCUUGUUGAUUUUUCAGAAUCAGUUGUACUUCACCCAGCAAACUUUUCUGUGCUUUCUUUCAACAACUGCCUUUGGGCAUGGUGUGAUUUUCCUUACAUUAUUUGAAGGACAAGAAAAAGGAAUUCACUGGAGUAACUUAUAUCAGCCCUUGGCACAAGGAGGAUCUAUGACUUUUGGAUGGGCAUGUUGGAUGAUUCUUUUUGAUUCCAUCCUUUAUUUUAUGUUUGGAUGGUAUUUCAGCAAUAUAAUUCCUGGAAGGUUUGGAUUAAGACAACCAUGGUACUUCCCGUUUUCCUCUUACUGGAAGGAUGUGUGUGUUAUUAGAAGCAAAAAAUGAUCCUACCUCAAUCCUACUAUGUAUUUCUUCAAUGAAAACUUCCAGGGUUCCCUUUCAAAGGAGCAGAAAAGGUACAGCGAGGAAGAAAACCCGGAGGGUGUUUUGUUGAUGUCUCUUGCUAAAGAAUACAGUGAGAAUAACAAGAUUGCUGUUAAAGAUUUCAGUUUGGCUUUCUACAAAGAUCAGAUCACAGCUCUCUUGGGCCCAAAUGGCGCUGGAAAGACAACAGUCAUAUCAAUGCUCACAGGCCUGUACCUGCCUAGCUCUGGUACUAUUAUCAUCAACAGGAGGGACAUGGAGACAUAUCUUGCUGCCAUUAGGACAGAGAUGGGAGUAUGUCCUCAAUAUGACGUGCUGUUCAAUACUUUAACUGUUCAGGAACAUCUGCUUCUUUAUGGGUCUGUGAAGGCUCCUUCCUGGACAAAGAAACCGUUACAUCAGCAAGUCAGUAGAGCCCUGAAGGAUGUGGGAUUAUUCUAGCACCAGUACAAACCUAUUAGAACCCUGUCAGGAGGAAUGAAGAGAAAGCUUUCUAUUGCCAUUUUGUUCAUUGGAAACUCCAAGACUGUGGUCCUGGAUGCGCCCACCAGUGGUGUAGAUCCGUGCUCAUGUCACAAUAUCUGGGAUAUUCUGCUCAAGUACAGGCCAGGUCACACUGUGUUCUUCACGACACAUCAUCUUGAUGAAGCAGAAGCAGAAGCAGUGAGUGACCGCAUUGCCAUCCUGCAGCAUGGGCAGCUGAGAUGCUGUGGUUCUCCGUCUUACCUGAGGGAAACAUACAGCCAAGGACAUAGUCUAACUUUCACAAAAAGGCCCCCUCCAUUUGCCGUUGAAGACCCCAGGGAUAUCCUUUGUAUUACUUCUCUGGUUCAGACCUACAUACCACAAGCAUUCCUGAAAGAGAACAGUGGAAGUGAAUUGACCUAUAUGAUCAUAGUGGAUGCUGAUAAGGCCUCUUUUACAGGUCUUUUCCAGACUUUGGAUGAAAACCUCCAGUGUCUCCAUGUGACUGGCUAUGGUAUUUCUGAUACCACCUUGGAAGAAGUGUUCUUGAAAGUACUGCAGAGCACAGAGAAGACAUCGCAUGUUCCUGUGGUCAUGGACUUGGAGUUCACUCAAGGAAGCAGUGGCUUUCCCAGUGAAGCUCAAAUCGCUCAUGGAGGGAGGCUCGUUCUCACCCAGAUUGCUGCCCUUCUAACGAAGCGCCUUCAUCACACCAGGCGAGACUGGAGAGGGACGUUGUCAAAUGUUCUCCUCCCUGUCAUCUUUGUUGCCAUGGCAAUGGCCUUGUUUACCGUGAAGCCAUUGGCUAUUGAUUAUCCUUCACUUAAGCUGACUCCAGGACUUUAUGACAAUGUUGAAUUCUUUUUUAGCAGCAGCCAAGAUGAUGACCUUCCUCAUAUGCUGUUACAGUAUUUUACAGAUGGGGAAGACUCUUGCUUGCAUUCAAGUCAUGGAAUGAGAACUUUCUGCUGGAAAACCACGUCUAGUUCGGAACAGGAAUCGCUGCCUUGGUGUGGAUGUGCACUAGGCCAAGAGACAUGUCCACCAUUAAAUACUUCUGUUCCUUAUAUGAAGAACAAAAAAGGACAUAUCUUAUAUAAACUUUCAGGCCUCAAUCUUGAAGAGUACUUAAUCAGGCCAUUAAACAAAACAAGAUAUGGAGGCUGGUCUUUUGGAAGAAUACCUACUGAGCUUCAGAAUGUGUCACCCCAUAAUUCUCUGGCCAAGGUAUGGUACAGCCAGAACGGAUUCCAUUCAUUCCCUUCUUAUUUAAACCAGCUAAACAACCUUCUUCUGUGAAAGAAUCUACCUCCAGAUAUCGAUUGGAAACAGUAUGGAAUCACACUCUACAGCUGUCCAUAUGGAGGAGCGCUUCUAGACGAGGAUAAGAUAAUGGAGAAUGUCCGUCAGUGUGGAGUGGCCCUGUGCAUCAUGCUGGGGUUCUCCAUCCUUACUGCCGCCAUUGGAAGCUCAGUGGUUAAAGACAGGGUAUCUGGGGCAAAGCGGCUUCAGCACAUCCCUGAACUUGGCUACAGGACAUACUGGUUUGCUAAUUUUCUUUAUGACAUCCUUUUGUAUCUUGUUUCUGUCGGCCUGUGUAUUGGCAUUAUUAGCAUCUUCCAGCUAUCAGCCUUCACUUUCUGUGAGAACUUGGCAGCUACUGCUCUCCUGCUGAUUCUUUUUGGUUAUGUGACUUUUCCAUGGAUGCAGCUUACGUCACGGGUCUUUUCCAGUUCAGAUGUUGCAUUCAUUUCUUACAUAUGCUUAAAUUUCAUGUCUGGUCUUUGCAUCAUGCUGGUGACCCUUCUCCCUCAUUUGUUAGCUAUGAUUUCUAAAAGAAAGAGUUUUCAGGGAAUUUACAAUAUCCUCAAAUGGGCCUUCAUUUUUACCCCACAGUUUUGCUUAGGCCAGGGUUUAAUAGUACUUGCCUAUAACCAAAUUAAGUUUGACCUGACAAGUAACUUUGGAAGCAAUUCUUAUGUGACUCCGUUUGAGCUGAAUUUCUUAGACUGGAUCUUCACAGAGAUGGCCCUGCAGGGCACAAUUCUCCUCCUGCUGCACGUUCUGUUGCAUUGGGAGCUGCUCCAAAAACCAAGGGACUCCAUCACCAGAACCUCAGUGACCCCUUCAGAAGACACACAUGUAGAGCUGGAACAGAGAAGGCUUUUUGGAAGAAAAACCAGCAAUGAUAUCCUUCUGCUGUACAAUCUUAAGAAGAAUUAUUGGGGUUUCAGCAAGAGGAACUCUGCUGUGAAAGACAUUAGCUUGGGGAUACAGAGAGGAGAGUGCUUUGGUCUCCUGGGAGUGAACGGAGCAGGGAAAAGCACAACAUUCAAGAUGUUGACUGGAGGUGUGACUCCAUCGGCAGGACGUGCUGUUAUAAGGACUCCUCCUGGGUGUGAAAUGGAUAUAUCACCUGCUGGUUCUGAGGGCAUUCUCAUUGGCUACUGUCCACAACAGGAUGCUCUAGAUGACCUUCUGACUGGUUGGGAACAUCUCUGCUAUUACUGCCUUCUACAUGGGAUUCCCCAGCAAUUUAUUCAUAAUGAUGAGCCAAGCUCUGGAAUGGAUCCCUGUUCAAAGCGAUACCUCUGGAAAACUAUCAUGAAGGAAGUCCAAGAUGGUUGUGCUGCUGUUCUGACAGCACACAGUAUGGAAGAGUAUGAAGCCCUGUGCUCACAGCUGGCUAUUAUGGUCAAUGGCAGUUUUAAGUGCCUUACAAUGUGUUGCGUGUCACGCCCAGUGCGCUUUGAGCUACAGACUGUCCAAACAGAACUAAGGUUUGAUUGGCUCAUUGCUCUUGAGAGGUUUGGUGAUGGCUAUUCAGUCAAAGUGUGGAUAAGCAAAGAAGCAGUUUGCCAAAGUGCCAUCAUGGACUGUUUGCAGUUUCAUUUUCCUGGAACACUUUUCAAGGGACAACACCUUAAUCUGUUGGAAUACCGUGUGCCGCAAAGAUGGGGCUGCCUAGCAAAGCUCUUCAAAGUUUUAGAGAGAAACAAAGCCGUUUUCCAAAUUAAACAGUACUCCAUUAGCCAAACUACUUUAGAACAGGUAUGUAUAAACUUUGCAACCCAAAAUGGGGAGGCUCCACACUCAGCAUACAGAUCUUGUUCUAACCAGCACCGCAAUCUGCCAGUGUAG